AUGGGCCACCAACUUCGUGAACAUAUACCGGCUGUUAAUGUGCUGCCAACCUUCCACCUGAUCGAAGCGGAGAUUCUGGAUCUUUCAUAUGAGGCACUGGUACUACAGGUUGAUGGGAAUGUAAGACUGGAUAAAACGGCAAGAGAUCCUGCCGCCUGGAGAGCUCGUGUAGGUGAUGGAGUGGUGGGCGGUCCUAAUGGCAACCCUCCCGGUCAAAUAGCAACUAAACUGGCAACGCAACCAACCGGUCCUCAUUUAAGAGAUAGGUGCACAAUGUCUCUAAAUGGACAAUUGGGGACGCUUGGAGCCCCUGGAGCAAUGCCGCUUAUACUACUAGCGGUUAGAGUGGAUGAUCCUCAUGAUGACACACUCCAACCCCCUCCACUUGGAAUUGCAAUUGGAAAGGCGAAUCAUGAUCACUUUUUAAGAAGAGGAGUUUCUCAUAUAAUGUCCCGCGCAAUGAAUAUCAGAAGGGGAAUCCCUAACAAUUUUGAUCCCAACGAUGAUGAUCAAGUCAAUGAAAACGAAUGGCAAAUGAAUCCACCUAUAUCUAUUGCAUUCCCUCUGAUAGGAUGUAGAACAGGGUACGGAUUUAUCAACGCGGCCGAAAAUAUCCUGAGCGCAAUCAUUGGAUGGUAUCACGACCCAAGAUACACCCCACAGUUUGGUAACGCUGCAAUGCGCGCUUUCACCAUUCAAGAUAUAUAUCUCGUCGUUCCCCCAAGAACCACUGUAAAUGUACGCAUUCUCAAGCCUGCAUUGAUUCGAUCUGCCUGGGAAAAGGCAUGGGAUCGAUAUCUGCCACCUGCUCUUGGCGCUCCACCCGUACGUUAUGCUAGCGAUGUCCAGGAUGUCAUAGAUGAUCAAAUUCGACAACACGCGACCACAUAUUGGAAACCAGGUCUUGGUCAGGUUUUAUUGAUUGAUGGUGUGGAUAAUGUGGCAGGAGGAUUUCCACUAAACCUCACCCCGUGGCUACCAGAGAAUAUCACUGAUGCCUGGAUCAGACGUAAUUGUAAAGUUCUUAGAGGAGGUAGAGUAAAGAGAGUGACUGAUAUUUGA